GAGCAGCCAGAGGAAGAGGGGAGGGCAGAAGGAAGCCAGCAGAAAAAAAAGAAAAAGAAAACUGCAGAGAGAGAGAGCGGAGCAGAGAAAGAGAGGGAGGAAGCUCGUAGUUUAGCCUCAACUCUGCUGCUGGAAGAAGUUUGACGCACGGCGACGCUGACUGACACAUCCCGGCUUGACUUGUUCCGAAAGGCGUCCUGCACCCUUUUAAAGCAGCCACCAUGUCAGACGCGGACAAGUUCCUGUACGUGGACCGCAACAUGGUCAACAACCCGCUGGCGCAGGCCGACUGGGCCACCAAGAAGCUGGUGUGGGUGCCGUCGGAGCGGCUGGGCUUCGAGGCCGGCUCGGUCAAGGAGGAGCGCGGCGACGAGUGCGUGGUGGAGCUGGCCGACUCCGGGAAGAAGAUCCGGGUGAACAAGGACGACAUCCAGAAGAUGAACCCGCCCAAGUUCAGCAAGGUGGAGGACAUGGCGGAGCUGACCUGCCUGAACGAGGCGUCCGUGCUGCACAACCUGAAGGAGCGAUACUACUCCGGACUCAUCUAUACGUACUCGGGUCUCUUCUGCGUCGUCAUCAACCCCUACAAGAACCUGCCCAUCUACUCAGAGGAGAUCGUCGACAUGUACAAGGGCAAGAAGAGGCACGAGAUGCCGCCCCACAUCUACGCCAUCACCGACACGUCCUACAGAAGCAUGAUGCAGGAUCGGGAGGACCAGUCCAUCCUGUGCACAGGAGAAUCUGGAGCCGGGAAGACGGAGAACACCAAGAAGGUCAUCCAGUACCUCGCCCACGUGGCGUCGUCUCACAAGACCAAGAAAGACCAGAACUCGGUCUUCUCACAUGGGGAGCUGGAGAAGCAGCUGCUGCAGGCGAACCCCAUCCUCGAGGCCUUCGGAAACGCCAAGACAGUCAAGAAUGACAACUCCUCCAGAUUUGGAAAAUUCAUCAGGAUCAACUUCGAUGUCAACGGCUACAUCGUUGGUGCCAAUAUCGAAACUUACUUGCUGGAGAAAUCCCGCGCCAUCCGCCAAGCCAAAGACGAGAGGACCUUCCACGUCUUCUACUACCUGCUGACGGGAGCCGGAGACAAACUGCGCAAUGAACUCCUGCUGGAAAACUACAACAACUACCGCUUCCUCUCCAACGGGAACCUGACCAUCCCGGGCCAGCACGACAAGGAUCUGUUCACAGAGACGCUGGAGGCCAUGAGGAUCAUGGGUAUUCCAGAGGACGAGCAGAUCGGCAUGCUGAAGGUCGUGGCCUCCGUUCUGCAGCUGGGAAACAUGAGCUUCAAGAAGGAGCGCCACACGGACCAGGCCUCCAUGCCCGACAACACAGCCGCCCAGAAGGUGUCCCACCUCAUGGGCAUGAACGUGACGGACUUCACCCGGGCCAUCCUGUCGCCCCGGAUCAAGGUGGGCCGGGACUACGUGCAGAAGGCUCAGACCCAGGAGCAGGCCGAGUUCGCCGUGGAGGCCCUGGCCAAGGCCACGUACGAGAGGAUGUUCCGCUGGCUCGUCAUGAGGAUCAACAAGGCCCUGGACAAGACCAAGAGGCAGGGCGCCUCCUUCAUCGGCAUCCUGGACAUCGCCGGCUUCGAGAUCUUCGAGCUGAACUCCUUCGAGCAGCUCUGCAUCAACUACACCAACGAGAAGCUGCAGCAGCUCUUCAACCACACCAUGUUCAUCCUGGAGCAGGAGGAGUACCAGAGGGAGGGCAUCGAGUGGAGCUUCAUCGAUUUCGGCCUGGACCUGCAGCCCUGCAUCGACCUCAUCGAGAAGCCCGCCAACCCCCCCGGCAUCCUGGCCCUGCUGGAUGAGGAGUGCUGGUUCCCCAAAGCCACCGACAAGAGCUUCGUGGAGAAGGUGGUGAUGGAGCAGGGAACGCACCCCAAGUUCCUGAAGCCCAAGAAACUCAAGGACGAAGCCGACUUCUGCAUCAUCCACUACGCCGGCAAGGUGGACUACAAGGCAGACGAGUGGCUGAUGAAGAACAUGGACCCCCUGAACGACAACGUGGCCACGCUGCUCAACCAGUCCACCGAUAAGUUUGUGUCUGAGCUGUGGAAGGACGUCGACCGCAUCGUGGGCUUGGAUAAGGUGUCCGGCAUGUCCGAGAUGCCCGGCGCCUUCAAGACCCGGAAGGGCAUGUUCCGCACGGUGGGGCAGCUCUACAAGGAGCAGCUGUCCAAACUCAUGGCCACGCUGCGGAACACCAACCCCAACUUCGUCCGCUGCAUCAUCCCCAACCACGAGAAGAAGGCCGGAAAACUGGACCCUCACCUGGUGCUGGACCAGCUCCGCUGUAACGGCGUGCUGGAGGGCAUCCGGAUCUGCAGGCAGGGCUUCCCCAACCGCAUCGUCUUCCAGGAGUUCAGACAGAGGUACGAGAUCCUGACUCCCAACGCCAUCCCCAAAGGCUUCAUGGACGGGAAGCAAGCCUGCGUGCUCAUGAUCAAAAGCCUGGAGCUGGAUCCCAACCUGUACCGCAUCGGGCAGAGCAAGGUCUUCUUCCGGGCCGGGGUCCUGGCCCACCUGGAGGAGGAGAGGGACAUGAAGAUCACGGACAUCAUCAUCAGCUUCCAGGCCUGGUGCCGAGGCUACGUGGCCCGCAAAGCUUUUGCCAGGAGGCAGCAGCAGCUCACCGCCAUGAAGGUGAUCCAGAGGAACUGCGCCGCUUACCUGAAGCUGAGGAACUGGCAGUGGUGGAGACUCUUCACCAAGGUGAAGCCUCUGCUGCAGGUCAGCAGGCAGGAGGAGGAGAUGCAGGCCAAAGACGAGGAGCUGGUGAAGGUGAAGGAGAGGCAGCUGCACGUGGAGCAGCAGAUCCGCGAGAUGGAGGAGAAGCAGCACCAGCUGUCGGCCGAGAAGAUGGCCCUGCAGGAGCAGCUCCAGGCCGAGACCGAGCUCUGCGCCGAGGCCGAGGAGAUGAGGUCCCGCCUGGCCGCCAAGAAGCAGGAGCUGGAGGAGAUCCUGCACGACCUGGAGGCCCGGGUGGAGGAGGAGGAGGAGCGCGCCAACCACCUGAUGACCGACAAGAAGAAGAUGCAGCAGAACAUCACCGACUUGGAGCAGCAGCUGGAUGAAGAGGAGGCAGCCAGGCAGAAGCUGCAGCUGGAGAAAGUCACUCUGGAAGCCAAGAUAAAGAAGACGGAGGAGGACGUCAUCCUGCUGGACGACCAGAACAACAAACUCAACAAGGAGAAGAAGCUGCUGGAGGAGAGGAUCUCCGAGUUCACCACCAACCUGGCAGAGGAGGAGGAGAAGUCCAAGAGUCUGCAGAAGCUGAAGAACAAGCACGAGGCCAUGAUCACGGACCUGGAGGACCGCCUGCGCCGGGAGGAGAAGCUGCGUCAGGAGCUGGAGAAGAACCGGCGCAAGCUGGAGGGCGACUUCACCGAGACGCACGACCAGAUCUCCGAGCUGCAGGCGCAGAUCGCUGAGCUGCGGGCGCAGCUGGCCAAGAAGGAGGAGGAGCUCCAGGCGGCGCUGGCCAGGAUCGAGGAGGAGGCGGCCCAGAAGAACAUGGCCCAGAAGAAGAUCCGCGAGCUGGAGGCCCAGCUGUCGGAGCUGCAGGAGGACCUGGACCUGGAGAGGGCGGCCCGCAUCAAGGCCGACAAGCACCGGCGGGACCUGGGCGAGGAGCUGGAGGCCCUGAAGAGCGAGCUGGACGACACGCACGACCACACGGCGGCGCAGCUGGAGCUCAGGGCCAAGCGUGAGAUCGAGGUGGCUCAGCUGAAGAAGACUCUGGAGGAAGAGGCUAAAACCCACGAAGUGCUGCUGGUCGAGAUGAGGCAGAAGCACAGCCAGGCCUUUGACGAGCUGAACGAGCAGCUGGAGCAGGCCAAGAGGAACAAGGUGUCGAUGGAGAAGGCCAAGCAGGCCCUGGAAUCGGAGCGAAACGAGCUGAGCAUCGAGCUGCAGACGCUGAUGCAGGGCAAAGGAGACGCCGAGCACCGCAGGAAGAAGGCCGAGGCGCAGGUCCAGGAGCUGCAGCUGAAGCACAGCGAGAGCGAGCGGCAGCGGCUGGAGCUGUCCGAGAAGCUCUCCAAAGUGCAGGCGGAGCUGGAGAGUGUGAACCUGGUGCUGAACGACGUGGAGGGGAAAUCCAUCAAGGCGGCCAAAGACUUCUCCACCGUGGAGUCUCAGCUGCAGGACGCUCAGGAGCUGCUCCAGGAGGAGACGCGUCAGAAGCUGUCCCAGAGCACCCGGCUGCGGCAGAUGGAGGACGAGCAGAACAGCCUGCGGGAGCAGCUGGAGGAGGAGGAGGAGGCCAAGAAGAACGUGGAGAAGCAGCUGCAGACGGCGCAGGCUCAGCUGGUGGAGCUGAAGAAGAAGCUGGAGCAGGACGCCGGCUCGCUGGAGACGGCGGAGGAGGGGAAGAAGCGGCUGCAGCGGGAGCUGGAGGGCGCCAGCCAGCGGCUGGAGGACAAGUGCGCCGCCUACGACAAGCUGGAGAAGACCAAGACGCGGCUGCAGCAGGAGCUGGACGACAUCCUGGUGGACCAGGACCACCUGCGGCAGAUCGUCUCCAACCUGGAGAAGAAGCAGAAGAAGUUCGACCAGAUGCUGAUGGAGGAGAAGAGCAUCUCGGCCCGCUACGCCGAGGAGCGCGACCGGGCGGAGGCCGAGGCCCGCGAGAAGGAGACCCGGGCGCUGGCGCUGACCCGCGAGCUGGACAGCCUGAUGGACAUGAAGGACGAGCUGGACCGCAACAACAAGCUGCUGCGCGCCGAGAAGGAGGACCUGCUGUCCUCCAAGGACGACGUGGGCAAAAACGUCCACGAGCUGGAGAAGUCCAAACGGGCCAUGGAGCAGCAGCUGGAGGAGAUGCGGACGCAGCUGGAGGAGCUGGAGGACGAGCUGCAGGCCACCGAGGACGCCAAGCUGCGGCUGGAGGUCAACAUGCAGGCCAUGAAGGCGCAGUACGAGCGGGACCUGGCGGGCCGCGACGAGAUGAGCGAGGAGAAGAAGAGGGCGCUCUUCAAGCAGGUGCGGGAGAUGGAGCUGGAGCUGGAGGACGAGAGGAAGCAGCGCUCGGCCGCCGUCGGUGCCCGCAAGAAGAUGGAGCUGGACCUGAAGGAGCUGGAGGCCGCCAUCGACAUGGCCAACAAGAACCGCGACGAGGCGCUCAAGCAGCUGAAGAAGCUCCAGGCCCAGAUGAAGGACCUGUACCGGGACCUGGAGGACACGCGCAUGUCCCGGGAGGAGAUCCUGGCCCAGAGCAAGGAGACGGAGAAGAAGGUGAAGAGCAUGGAGGCGGAGAUGAUCCAGAUGCAGGAGGAGCUGGCGGCCGCAGAGAGGAUGAAGAGGCAGGCCCAGCAGGAGCGGGACGAGCUGCAGGACGAGAUCAACAACCAGGGAGCCAAGAACGCUCAGGCCGUGGAGGAGAAGCGGCGGCUGGAGGCUCGCAUCGCCCAGCUGGAGGAGGAGCUGGAGGAGGAGCAGUGCACCGUGGAGCUGACCAACGACCGGCUCAAGAAGUCCAUGCUGCAGAGCGACCAGAUGAACGUGGAGCUGACGGCCGAGCGCAGCAGCUCCCAGCGGGUGGAGGGCGCCCGGGCCCAGAUGGAGCGCCAGAACAAGGAGCUGAAGCUGAAGCUGCAGGAGCUGGAGGGAACCGUCAAGUCCAAGUACAAGGCCAACAUGCUGGCCCUGGAGGCCAAGAUCGCCCAGCUGGAGGAGCAGCUGGACCAGGAGACCAGAGAGAGGCAGGCCGCCACCAAACUGGUGCGCCGCACCGAGAAGAAGCUGAAGGAGGUCAUCCUGCAGGUGGACGACGAGCGGCGCAACAGCGAGCAGUACAAGGACCAGGCCGACAAGCUGAACUCCAGGAUGAAGCAGCUGAAGCGGCAGCUGGAGGAGGCUGAGGAGGAGGCGCAGCGCGCCAACGCCAACCGCAGGAAGCUGCAGCGCGAGCUGGAGGACGCCACCGAGUCGGCUGACGCCAUGAACCGCGAGGUCUCCUCCCUCAAGAGCAAGCUGCGGCGCGACGUUCCCUUUACCACCGUGCGCCGAAUCAUCACCCGCAUCGGACCCGAGAGCGACGAGGAGAGCGAGGCCAAGCCGGAGACGCCCGAGACGCCCAAACCCGAGUGAAGAGCAGCCCGCGCGCGCGCACACACACACACACACACACACACGCACGCAUUACUGUAACUCCUCAUCAACAGAAUCACACACACACACCAAAACACCGACAAUCUAUGCAUCAUGAAACAACAGAAGCCAGUAAACUGGGGACAAUCCACACGCACACACACACACACACACACACACACACACAGACGAACGUAACCUUUGAUUAGUUCUUUUGCUCAUUUUUCUCUGGGAAAAGUACAAAAGAAAAGGAUAUUUUUGUAGGGAAUCAUUCCAACUUGGUGAUUGUCCUGAUUUAUUUUUCUAAUUGAGGAGAAAAGAAAAUAAGACAGAAAGCAAAAAGAAGGCGACACAAAUGAAGACGGAUUACUGGAAGGGGACCAAAGUUAAUAUCUCCAACUAUAUAAUUGUAUUUUAUGCAGACGUUUUUAUAAUAAUGGUUAAGAAACGAAGUGCUUCGUGUUUAUUCUGCUCGCUCGCCUCAGUUUAUAAAGCUGACAUGUAUUCUAUCCACUUAGCUGCAGUUAGCACUCCUGACCUCGCUUUCACGCUCACACACACACACACACACACACACACACACACUGAGCUGUCACAGAAGGGUUUUUCUGCCACAGCAGAAACAUGAAAUUGAACUUUUCCACAUAUUUGUUCCGUAACAUUUUAAUCUCUUAUCUUCUCAAACUUCAUCUCCUCAUAAUGUGAGAUUUCUCAACUUUUUUUUCACAUUUAAGAGCGUAAUUUCCCUUUUCUCACUGAAAUCGUACAUUCCAAGAACGUGGAAUAUUAUGAAAUGUGAAAAGUUUUGACUCAUUUAAUAGGUUAUUCCAUCAUGGUGUGAAGCUUUAAUGUGUAUCUUAAUAUAACACUGCACGGUUACAACGUCAUUAUAUUGUAUUGUGAUGUUUAAUUAAAAAAAAUGUAUUUUCUAAAACGGUUACUUUACGUUAUGAAUCUGUCUCGAAUUUUAACGUCACCUAACAUGAUUUUUUUAUAAUCCAACUUUAUCGAGUUGAAAAUCAAAAACUAUAAAACGAGACGAUACAUUUAAGACAUCUGGUGAAACAUCUGAAGACGAAACAUAUCAUUAAACCUCAGAAUUUCCUCAUCAGUGUUUCAGAACUGGGAAUCAUUCAGUCUGAUUAAAUCAAUGUGGGAAUUAAAAUGUUAUUGUCAUUCAGUUUUACAAUAGAUCAGAGUUUCUUUCUGCUGUGGCAGUUUUUGAGCUUCUGGAUGGAACCACAGCAUCCGUGUGUUUCAUUAAGAUGUGGACGAAGCAGCGAACACACACACACACACACUCACUCUAAAGGCCUUAAACAUGCGGGGUCGUGGGUUUUUCUCCGCCAGUGUUUUUGUUGGGCUGAAGUGUGGGAGAGGUGCAGGGUUGGUUUCACUCGCUGUAUUCUAAGGGCACGGCCGGCGGAGACGUCGUAGUUACAUCCUGAACCAAACGCAGACUCAGGAGGCCUGUCGGUCCGGUCCGGUCCGGUCCGGUCCGGUCCGGUCCGGUCCCGGCCCCUCGCAGGCUGUGCCCCGGGUCGGCUUUUGGCUCACACUGCUGGAAAGUGAGAGGAAUGUGUUACUUUGAGAAUAACGCCUCGCAGUUCAAAAGGAUCGUAACUUUCUUCGCACUUAAUAAACAAAAGAAUUCCAAAAAAAAAAAAAAAAAAAAGAAACCUAAAAAUAAAAACAAGAGAGCGAGAGAAAAAAAGUGCAUCUCAUUUAUUUUGUAAUGUUUAUC